UCCCUCCCUCCUUCCCUCUCUCCCCGAGGGCGCCGCCUGAAGUGAGCCGAAGACUUUGCCCGGGGGCGCCGCGGCGGGGUAGGAAAGAGGGGCUUUCCUGCCGUCAUGCCGCCAUUGCGCUUCGCGGCCAACCUGGGCUGGCUUUUCCAAGAGGAGGCGACGCUGCCGCGGCGCAUGCAAGCGGCCGGGCGGGCUGGUUUCCGCGCGGCCGAGCUGCCCUUCCCCUAUGGCUGCGCGGCUCCGGAACUGCGGGCGGCCGCGGAACGGGCCGGCCUGGAGCUGGUUCUGAUUAACACGCCACCAGGAAACCAAGAAAAAGGUGACAUGGGCUUAGGUGCAGUGCCUGGCCGCCAACCUGAAUUCCGAGAAGCUCUGACUUUGGCUGUGAAGUAUGCCAAGGACUUGAAAUGUCCAAGGAUCCACAUUAUGGCUGGGCGAGUGCCCAUUGGUACUGAGCAGGAGGCAGUAUCUACUGAGAUGGAAACUACUUUUGUGGAGAACCUCAGAUAUGCAGCUGACAUCCUGGCUCAGGAAAAUUUGGAAGGAUUGUUGGAGCCUAUUAAUAGUCGGAUUACUGAUCCCCGCUACUUCUUGAGUACCCCACAGCAAGCUGCUGCCAUUUUAAAGAAGGUAGGAAGCCCCAACCUGAAGUUGCAGCUGGAUAUUUUCCACUGCCAGAUCAUGGAUGGUAAUUUGACUCAGAAUUUGAAGACAUACUUUCCAAUUAUUGGACACAUUCAGAUUGCUCAGGUACCGGCACGACACGAGCCCAAUAGUGCUGGGGAACUCAACUUCCCUUAUCUAUUCCAGCUGCUUGAGUCAAUGAAUUACUGUGGCUAUAUAGGAUGCGAGUAUAAACCAGAAGGAGACACACUGAAGGGGCUCAGCUGGUUGCAUGAAUACUGGGAGAGUCAUGAUCUACAGCAUGGUGGACACUGAAGGAUUAAGCUCAGCAGAGAAACUGAAAUAAAGAGUAUAGACGGAUUGAUGAUGAAGAACACUGCGUGUGUGUCAACAGAAAAAAAGCCAGGUUUUUUGGCAGAGACAAGUCACCUAAAAUGUUCCUUGUGCUAGGUUUGCUUCUGGGUCUAUGUCCACAGUAAGAUGUUGUUCCCUAAUUAAAGUGACAUUACUCAAUUGUUAUUUCCUUUGA